GUUACGACGCGGCCCGCCGCGCAGCCCAGUCAAAGAAAAAGUCCACGCCACCUCACUGCGGGGACGCCGUCGCGCGGAGCCAGCCAGCAGCCAGGGCGUUCGCCGCCGGCCGCGACCAUGGGCGACGGCAAGCGCAGCGUCGCGGAGACCUUCUCCAACCUCCGGGAGCGCGGCAAGACGGCAUUCAUCCCAUUCAUCACCGCCGGUGACCCUGAUUUGGCGACCACGUCGAAGGCGCUGAGGAUCCUAGACUCCUGCGGCUCAGACGUGAUCGAGCUUGGUGUGCCCUACUCGGAUCCAUUAGCUGAUGGUCCUGUCAUUCAGGCUGCAGCAUCCCGUGCGCUUAAGAAAGGCACCAAGCUCGGUUCUGUCUUGGCGAUGCUCACGGAGGUUAUACCAGAGCUCUCUUGUCCAAUAGUUCUCUUCACAUACUACAACCCGAUUCUAAAGAGUGGAGUGCGGAACUUCAUGGCUAAGAUUAAGCAAGCUGGUGUACAUGGUCUUGUCGUACCUGAUCUUCCUUUGGAGGAGACAACAUUGUUGAGGAGCGAGGCCACUAUGCAUGACAUAGAGCUGGUGCUACUUACAACACCAACCACACCAACAGAGAGGAUGAAGGAAAUCACAAAAGCUUCAGAAGGAUUCGUUUAUCUUGUGAGUGCUGUCGGAGUUACAGGUGCACGCUCAAAUGUAAACUUACGCGUUGAGCAUCUUCUUCAGGAGAUCAAGCAGGUUACAGACAAACCUGUGGCUGUUGGCUUUGGCAUAUCAACUCCAGAGCAUGCGAAGCAGAUCGCGGGCUGGGGAGCGGAUGGUGUGAUUAUUGGCAGUGCGAUUGUUAGACAGUUGGGCGAAGCCACUUCUCCUGAAGAAGGGCUGAGAAGAAUAGAAGAGUACGCCAAGAGCAUCAAGGCUGCUAUUCCAUGAGAUGGCAGUUCCAUCAUGAACAAGCCAAUUAGUAGAUCGUAAGCAUGUCGUUUAUCAUCUGGUAGUCUGCUCGAUGGACCUGGAAUUUGUAGUUUGUCUAGCAUAUUUGAUUCCAGUGCUCAAAACAAUUAUAACUUUGUGUGUUAUAAUCACAAUAUGAAUUAACAAGGUAAUCUGGAAAUGGUACGAAGCUCGAUCGUGAAA